UGGUGUUUUCAAAGUUGAUCGGCGGGGCAGGGGUUAGGGUUUUGUAACAGGUGGAAGAAGAGGAAGGAAGCUUCAAAGAGGUAUUAGAAGUAGUAGUAGGAAUGAGCAGGACCUUGGGAAUACCGGUGAAGCUUCUACAUGAGGCCACCGGCCACGUAGUCACCGUCGAAAUUAAGAGCGGCGAGCUCUACCGAGGGAAUAUGGUCGAAUGCGAGGACAACUGGAAUUGCCAACUCGAGAACAUCGCCUUCACUGCUAAGGAUGGGAAGGUCUCUCAACUUGAGCAUGUUUUCAUCCGAGGUAGCAAAGUCAGGUUUAUGGUGAUUCCAGACAUGCUGAAGAAUGCUCCAAUGUUCAAACGGUUGGAGUCCAGGAUCAAGGGCAAAGGCUCAUCCAUUGGAGUUGGCCGUGGUCGUGCUGUUGCAAUGCGCGCUAGAGCUCAGGUUGCUGGGCGUGGAGCUGCACCUGGUAGGGGCGUCAUGCCCUCUAUAAGGAGGUAAUUCAUUCCGGCAUCUCAUUAUUAUUCGGCUCUGAAGUAUACACAUUGGUGUAACCAUUUGAGUGAUGGCUUCAGCUAAACCCCUGCUUCAUAACCCAGAAAUUGAUGUAAAAUGAUAAAUUGUCAGUUUUGGACCUUCGUGUGUGUUUGUGAGUUAUAUGUACCGGUCAUAUCAUUGACAAAUUCAACUCUAUUUAUUAAUACCGGCGUUCGUAAACUGUUGUACUUAGUCCAGAAUUGGCUGUAUUAAGCACUGAUUUUGGCAUUAACCGACCUAUAAACUCAUAAAAACAGCUCUGCUUCCUU